AUGUGUGGCACUACGAACGCAAGUGCCUAUGCAGAUGGUGGUCAGAAGGAGUGCGCGGGGAAGUUCUUGCCGGGGACGCACGACACGGACUUUGAGAAGUGCAUGCAGGCAAUAGACUGCAUGAUGAACAAGGAGAUGCGUGUCGUGGGCUUUGACAGCCACCAGAGUCACAUCGUCACGUUCAUGCAGCAAAUGAUACCUCAUCAUGCUAAUGCAGUCAACAUGGCCAAGAUCUUGCUUAAGCACGCGGAGACUGAAGUGGCAGCGGUAGAGGACUUGGAGGACAUCAUGUGGGGCAUGAUAAAUGUCCAAACCUUCCAGAUCCACGAGAUGCGCAAUUACCUGGCAAGUCAUACUGCCUAUGGUGACACCAUCCAUGACGGGGUUCCCUUGCUUGCCACUUCAGUAGGUGAGCACUGUGAAUCGACCCUCGAUGUGGAUGUUGUGAUCCCGACGCAGUCGCAGAACCUCAGCCCAACGACCGCAGUGUCAGGCUGCACGCCCUCGGAUACCAUGCUUUGCUUGAAGGUGAACCUCUUGGCCAGUGAGACCGGGUACUACGAGUUCGCGGGGCACACGGGCCCGUCUCCUGACAUUGAGGUGCGCAUCGGUCAAACCUACACCUUCGACCAGACGGAUCCCAGCAACUGGUACCAUGCCAUAGGGUUUGCCUAUUACCCGGACGGAGCCCAUGGUGAGACCUGGGGAGGCGAGGAGCGUGCUGAGGUUGAGGGAAAGGGCGAGCUGCUGUACAAGAUCGAUGGUGCCGCGACGACGUGUCCAGAUGCCGGUGACACGGGCUUGGACUGCUAUGAGCCGGAGUUCUUCUAUCCUCGCGCAGACUGGAUCGGCAAGAUUAUCAUCAAGAAUGCUGAUGGCUCCGACGUGACGCAGGCGAACGGGACGGCGUUGAGUCAGCCGCAGGAGUUGAGUCUCUACUCGGUCCCCAGCCUUGAUACCUUCGAUACCAUGUGUGGCACUACGAACGCAAGUGCCUAUGCAGAUGGCGGUCAGAAGGAGUGCGCGGGGAAGUUCUUGCCGGGGACGCACGACACGGACUUUGAGAAGUGCAUGCAAGCAAUCGACUGCAUGAUGAACAAGGAGAUGCGUGUCGUGGGCUUUGACAGCCACCAGAGUCACAUCGUCACGUUCAUGCAGCAAAUGAUACCUCAUCACGCUAAUGCAGUCAACAUGGCCAAGAUCUUGCUUAAGCACGCGGAGACUGAAGUGGCAGCGGUAGAGGACUUGGAGGACAUCAUGUGGGGCAUGAUAAAUGUCCAAAACUUCCAGAUCCACGUGAUGCGCAAUUACCUGGCAAGCCAUACUGCCUAUGGUGACACCAUCCAUGACGGGGUUCCCUUGCUUGCCACUUCAGUAGGUGAGCACUGCGAAUCGACCCUCGAUGUGGAUGUUGUGAUCCCGACGCAGUCGCAGAACCUCAGCCCGACGACCUCAGUGUCAGGCUGCACGCCCUCGGAUACCAUGCUUUGCAUGAAGGUGAACCUCUUGGCCGGUGAAACCGGGUACUACGAGUUCGCGGGGCACACCGGCCCGUCUCCUGACAUUGAGGUGCGCAUCG